AUGGGACUUAAUGAGUUUGAAGAAGCCGUGAGAUCAUUUGACCAGGUUCUCAAACUAGAUCCUGUUUCUGUGGAUGCCUAUGUUGGACGAGGAAAUUCGUACAUGGAAAACGGACAUGAGGCUGGUUGUAAACAAGCACAGAAAGACUUUUUGAGAGCAAUUCACCUGAAUCCAAAGUGUAUAAAAGCCAGAAUUUGCUUAGGAUACAACUUGCAGGCUCUUGGAAAGCUUCAGAGAGCAUGGAGCCAAUUUACAGUUGCUAUUUGCUUUGAUCCAAAAUGCCAUGCUGCAUAUGAUGGACGAGCUUCAGUCUGUCUUCAAAUGGGUGAAACUUUUGCUGCAUUUCAAGAUACAAAUGCCGCACUAAAGCUCACUACCACUGCUCCACUGCUAACAAAUCGGGGUGUCAUCAAUCAGUUAAUGGGAUAUCUAUCCUGUGCCAUGAAGGACUAUCAACAAGCAAUUUCUGUUGACCCAAACUAUGCAUUAGCCUAUUUUAAUGCAGCAAAUAUCUACUUCCAUAAUCGACAGUUUUCACAGGCCUAUUGCUAUUAUUCCAAGGUAUUACAACUUGACCCGAGAAAUGAAUCUGCUGUUAUGAAUCGUGCUAUUACAAAUACAUUACUAAACAAUAUUGAAGAAGCAAAAGAAGACUUUGAGAAGGCAAUUUGUCUCUGCCCAUUCUCUGCAGCAGUGUAUUUUAACAGGGCAAAUUUCUAUAAUGGAUUGAAACAAUAUGAACUAGCUGAGAAAGACAUUUCAACAG